UCGGCAGGACGUCGUAGAUCAAUGAACGGGACCGUAGGUUCGGUCCAUCGUUUCAAUUCAUCUGGAGAUAUAUAGAUGUGUCAGUGCCUAUGUAGAUUAGGGAGGGUCCUCCUUUAAGCUUGAUUUGAGGGUAUAUUUUUAACGAUGCGGAUGUUUUAGCGGGAUGGAUUAUUAAGGAAAACCGUCCGUGUGUCGUGUGUCUGCUCUAAUUAGGAAAAAUAAACCACAACUAACCACCAGGAUGAUCUUUGCAAAUACAGGCAACCCGUUGAAGACUACCAAUCGAAAGCAGUCUUACCCCAUGACUCCACCCAGCCCCAGCAGCAGCAGUAACAGCAGCAGUACCGGCUGGGAACAGCUGAGUAAAACCAACCUGUACAUCCGGGGGUUACCCCCGGCAACCACCGACUUGGACCUCAUCAAACUCUGCCAGCAGUAUGGAAAGAUCCAGUCAGCUAAGGCCAUCUUAGACAAGACAACCAACAAAUGCAAAGGUUACGGCUUCAUAGACUUUGAUAGCCCCGCGGCGGCGCUCAAGGCCGUGCACGCUCUCAAAACCAGCGGGAUCCAAGCCCAGAUGGCCAAGCAGCAACAGGAGCAGGACCCCACCAACCUGUACAUCUCCAACCUGCCCCUGUCCGUGGACGAGCAGGAGCUGGAGGCUCUGCUGCAGCCCCUGGGCCAGGUGGUGUCCACGCGCGUCCUCCGCGACUACAGCGGCAACAGCCGGGGCGUCGGCUUCGCCAGGAUGGACACCACCGAGCAGUGCAACGCCGUCAUCGCCCACUUCAACGGCAAGUUCAUCAAGACCGCUGCAGGGAGCCUGGCGCCCUCCGAGCCUCUGCUGUGUAAGUUCGCUGACGGCCAGAGGAAGAAGCACUCCCACAGCCCCUUCGUCCCCAACGGACGCACCUGGACCCGAGACGGGGACCACAGACUGGGUGCCAUGACGCUGACCUACGACCCCUCUUCUUUAGCGAUGCAGAACGGGUUCUAUCCCUCUCCGUACCAGCUGACCAAUCGGAUGAUGGCAGCCCAGCCCGCUAUGUCACACUACAUGGCCCCCCUCUCAGCCUAUCAGGUGCAGAAUCACUCGUGGACUGCCCAUCCGUCCUACAUCAUUCAGCACCCGGCUGCCGUGAUGUCGCCCCCUGUGGACCCUUCCGUGCCACUGCACCCCUCAGCGCUGCUCGCACAGCAGAUGGGCCACUUGUCAUUGGGCAACAGUGGAACGUAUGUUCCUGCUAAUGCUGGUGUCCCUGGAGCCUACAUGCCCCAGUACGCAGCCAUGCAGCCUGUACCCGACAACGGCUCACAGCAGCCAGUGAGCUCCUCCAAUAACUCCUCCCCCUACAGUCAACACAGCAAGUAACCCCAGUGUCAGACGACGCCCUGAGAUACAAUGGGUGGAUGCCUGCCGGCUGCUGAUUGGUUGACAGCUCCGCCAGGCUCCUUCCCGCCCCCCCCCCCCCCCCCUUCUGACUUUGAGUGACACAGGAAGUGUCCAAUCAGAACUCUCUUUCAGAACGGAGACCCCCAACAUCCUAAACAGACUCAACAAGAUGACAGCCGAGAGGUUAAAAGCAAAGGUUUAUUUUGAUAAGAGACCACAUGUACAUUUUAUUUCCUUCCCAAACGUAUUCAAUAGGACUUCCUCGUGUGUGAUGUGAUCUUUCAAAAAAAUGCAUGAAAAUAUUUUCUUUUUUUUUUAUGUGAAGGACAUUUUUUUUAAAUGAUUUUUAGUGAGUUUUAUUUGUGAGGUAUUGAACACUCUGCUUGCCACUCAAGUUUUAAGUUUUAUAAUUUGCUUAACUACGUUUUCUCUUUCUUUAUUGUUUCAGUUGUCAUGAAGUAGCUUUGCAUAGUCAAAAUAUUUUCCAACGACACGAACAGCUAAUGCAGAUAACCAUUUUUAUUAGGAAAUCUAGGAUUUAAAAAUUGGAAAAGGUGCCUUCUUCAGUGUCACAUUAAAUCCCAUAAUACAAACUCUCUUUCCAAUGCUAGCUUACAACUAGCUUAUGCUAGAAUCAUACUGAAAUCCAUCCGUCACAUCGUGUGGUUUACCGGAAAUGUCCAAAACCCCACCCCGAUCUCUGGUAUUAAUAACCACUGCGAGAGUACAAAAGCAAUACAUCCAAGAACCCCAACGCGAAAGGCAUAAAAAACACACAAGGAAACGCCAGAGGAAGAAAAAAAAAUGAUUCUCUGCAUCUUUUCUUCUAACUUUUAUUAGUUUUUAUCUUGUCAAGCGACAACCGACGUUACAAAAAAUAAUUUGAGCGGAAUUUUUUUUCCAGAACGGGCCGGUUCGGGAGAGGUUUGUCAGUUAGCUAGCUAGUAGUUUGUGUGUUGUUUUCUCUCUUGAGGUCAGUGUGACCAGAGAUCUACCUCAAGGUUCCUAGGUCUGGCCGGUGCAUCGCGUGGGCUUGCAGGUACAGCCCCCCUCCCCCCCUCCUCCUCCCCCACCCCCCUCCCCCCUCCCCCCUCCUCCACCAGGACUGGACCUAAGCAGACCCUACGCCUCGCUCGGGAGCGGGCCGAUUCCAACUUUUUACUUCUCCACAUGGAAUAUAUACACUCUGUUGUUGUUGAUGUUGUCCUUGAUGUCGUGCUUGUUGUGCUUGUUGUUCUCAGAGAAACAUUGCGUGUGUGUGUGUUGCUGCAUUUUUAUUGUUGACUCCCCCCAUUGACCCCCCCCCCCCCCCCCACCACACGACCCUUCACCCCCACACGACCCCUCACUCCUCACCCCACGCCCCACCCCUAACCAUACUUUUUAAACUUUUCAGUUGGUUUUAUUGUUCACUUUUGUUUUGUUUUUUAACAUGCUGUGUGUUGUUUCCUUUUGAAAAACCCGUUAUAGACGAGACGAAUCCCGUGCCCCUUCCCUCCCCUCCCCUCCCCUCCCCUCCCUCUUGAAAUGCUUCCUUUAUUAAAACGCUUGGAAAAAACGAAAAAGAAACGCAAAAAGAAUGACAAAAAAAAAAUCAAUCACGCGAUGUUUUGCUUUAACACCACGUUGCUGUAACUUACCUCUUCCUCUCCUCUUUAUUGGUCUAAAGGAUUUAACGCUAAUCACAGCUCUGUGACACUGCUAGGGUCAUGAGUACACCACAACGUUCACCUCUCUGGUCAUUCACCCUCUUUUAUCGACUCCUAAAGGAAAAAACAACAACAAUUUUAUACUCGGAACGGAAACACAAAAUUCUGUUCUCUCACAAAUAUUAGCCGUUAAUACUCACCGUCGAUUUAUUGGUUUAAAAAAAACAAAAAAAGUGGAAUUGUUUAUGAAAGUGUGUUCAAAAGAAAGUGAUCUUUAAUCUAAAUUUAGCAAUAAAUGGUAAUUAAUUUGACGGGUCUCCUUUGGUGUGUAUUGAGGACUGUCGCCGUGGCAACAGCAAUGACAGCAUGUCUUAAAGAAGGUCAGAGGUGACUAGACUAGAUUUGUAAAUAUAUAAAAAUGAUGGCCAAAAGAGAAAAAAAAAAGUGUGACUUUUUUGUUGAUAUACUUUGUUUUUGUCUUACAUGUCUGGUGGAUGUAAGAAAUCUUCAAGACAAGGAAAAUAAAUCGUGUUUAAGUUCUG